UUUCCAGUAUUGCAGGACUUUGCACUGAUCUCGAAAAUUGCCGUAGGACGAUUUGCCGAAUGGUUUGAGGAGCGUUCUAUCCCCGGGAAGGACCCAGACCAGAAACCAGUUCAAUUAAAAAUUGUCCCGACUGUGUUUCUACCAUGAGAAACUUUUUAUAAAAGCAUUUGUCUUUCGAAGGCGGUAUGAUAUUGUUGGUCCUCAAUUUGUGGAAUAAGUUCAAGACUGAAGAAAGCUCUGCGAAACACUUAUCCCGCCCGUAGUGAAUUCACAUAGACGAAAAGUGAACGAUUUCGGGCGAAUAUUAAACUCAUCAUAACGCUGAUAAAUGUAGCCACAACUAAAAUGUCAUCUCGGAUAAUUGAGUUCCUUUCCUGAUCAUAUUUUUUCAAUUGAUUUUGUUGAGUAUACAAAUAUACAAGAAUGCUUAUAUACUUAUGUAAGCGUACAUGCAUAUUAAGGCAAUCAGCGAGGAUGACAAAAAGAAAGAAAUUAGCUUUAAUGUGUGAUAGGCAAAUCUGAGUUAUAUAUGUAGCUACGCAACAAUAGCCAUGACAACGGAUCGCAAUUCGUCAGAUGUUCGUUGUCACCUAAUAAUAGAAUAUGCUUUGGGGAUCCCACAAUUACCGACAGCAUCAAAAAUGCUGGCAACACAAACUUUCACUUACGUGGCGGGUGGUAAUAGGGUGCUUUCUGCUAACACAUUCGGGUAGUUGUAUUCAAAUGAAGGAUGCAGUGAAUUAUCCGCUUGCGGCACCGGAUGUGCGCCUAAAAUACAUGAUCCCUCGCCUAAUGGAUGCAAAAACGCACGGCGCAUUAAAUUGGAAAUUUUUUAGUAAUGAUGAGGCUCCAUUGGGAAAUGCCAUCAAUGAACUACAGAAUAAGACGGUAAUCCAGAGCCUUGCGUUGAUAUUAAGGGAAUCGGUAACGCUACUUGGAAUGCAAAAUAUGACAACCCAUACGAGCAUCAACACGCAGUUACAAAUGAUUUCUAUGCUGGCGAAAGCCAUGUCAUCUUCCACGUCUGAGUUGCAAGAAACCAUGCGAUAUAGCAGUCUUAAGUAUUUGAGUCGCGAAAAUCUCCUCAAUCGACACAACAACAUCAUGCUAGACUCAGACCCAAAAACGACACAGGCCCAGGCCAUCGGUGUACACAGUUUAGCAAUUUCAACGCUACAGGAGAACUAUGAAAGCUGUCAGUCAUGUCAAAUGCGUGAAAAGGCGAAGCUCAGGAGCUUAGAAUCAAUAAAAAAUCAAAUUCUAAUGCGUUUACAGCUGGUCCGCUUGCCCAAUAUUACCAAGCCGAUUGCCGUCCCACAUAGUAUUAUUGAGAAAUUUUACAAAAACUUCAAUAGCACGCUGGCCGGAAACAGAAGAAACGCCACCUUUUUCGAUGUGGUCGCUGGCUCAGAUGUUAAGCCAAAAGUAGUAGAUAAGUUUUCCCUGAUGUAUACAAACACGCCCAGACAUACAGAAAAAGAUGUGCCCUUUCUGAUGCACUAUUCUAAACAUGCUCGUCAUUUUCAGCAUGGCCAGCAAGAGCACUAUCAGUAUCCAUAUAAUAAACCCAAAUAUCAAACAUUCCGCAUUCCACCCAAUCGACACUCGCACCACCACCGCGGAAUAAUUCCUAAGGAUAACAACAGGGAUGCACUGUUGGAGUUAAGUGAUAUUGAAUAUGACCAACACGAUGAUGUGCAGAACGAUGAACGUCAGCAAAAUAGCAACUACCAACAAACUUUUAGUAGAAUUAGGCAGAAGAAACGAGUUAAAGGCGAAAAAGGACAGCUAUUCAAUAUGAAAGAAAGUGGCGUCGUAUCUGCUGUGUCCAAGGAUGACAGCUACAUCACACAUUACGAAUACACAAAGGAAAUAGAUGAGGAACCUUACUCGCAUGUGAACAGUAUUUACAUAUUUCCAACUACUUCCCACGUUCGCCAUAACCGUAGAUGGGAAAUAAUUAAUUUUAAAUUUGAGCACAAUCACCUUUCAAUAGUUCGUACUAUAAUCCAUCUUUAUAUACGUGGUUAUGAUUGGACGCGUGAGCAUUUUCCUGAAAUUUUAGAACAAAAGACCGCCAAUGGAAAUAUCAAAAGACGACGAGACCUCAUAAUUAUGAUCUACCAAGUCGUGCGACGAUCCAUUCACCAAAACCUUACACAUACAAUGAAGUUAGUGGAGUCCAGCCUUCGAAUACCAGCGGGUUCCGGACAAUGGGUGCAAUUCGAAAUCAAACACAUGCCUGCGAACUGGCUGAAUCAAAAUGCUGCUAGUAUGACGCUUGCAAUUAAAGUCCAGGAGCCUUGGAUGAGGUCCUUUUUGGUAAUCGAUGCGGAAGAUAAUCAGAAUAAACAAUUCAUUCACCGCCGGCGGCAGCAGCAACACCAGAGUCAUUCUCAAAGCUAUUCUCCAUCCGUCCACCAUCUAACAGGGCACGCAAUUGAGACACAGUAGAAGUAGCAGGGUACGUAAUUCCUGCUAUUUCUAAAGCGUUUUGCAGUUCACUCUUAUUUAGUCGGGUCAUGUUCCGACCCCACACCUGAUGAAAACACAAGGAGGGUUUAUUGCGGGGAACAAUUUAUUUAACCAAUUUAUUUGGCAGCAACAAUACAAUUCUUUAUUUUUCAGCAACAAUCCUUCAAACAACUGACACACUCAAACGUUCAAUAGCAAUUGGCUUCCUUUUUGCUUAGCACGACACAACGAAAGGGCAACUUCAAAUUGGAUUGAGUGAUUUCAAACUCGUUUCGCCUACAUGCAUACAUACGUAAGAAAAGAGCUAGAAGCGCAAAAACAAGGCGAAUUAAUAUAAGGUGAUAGCAGGAGUACAAAAACAAAAAAUUACAUGUAUUUUGUUUUUGC